AUGCAAACUGAUUUAGACGAUUUGCCUGUGGGAGGAGGUGGCUAAAAAAAUGCCCCUCCUGAUGAAUUUGCUAGCUCCUCUAAUUAAGCCGUCGAUAAUAGUGGCCCUCUUGAACAAAGAAUAGUGAGCAAGAACUGGCUGGUCAGAGCUAAUGCAUUUGAAGAGCUAACUACUCAAUUUAAGUCAGCUGAUAAUUAAUAUAGUCAAGAAUUCAGAGAUCAUGCAGGUUCAUGGAAAAAGUAUCUAGCAGAUGCUAAUCCUGGAUCAUUAGAAAAAUGCCUAGAAGCUUUAGACGUUUUUAUUAAUAGAGCUGAUCCAAAAUUAGUGUCUUCCUGUCAAAAUGAUAUAAUAAAGAUUCUGAUAGAAAAGUGUGUUGGUCAUGCAAAAGCCAACAUCAAGACUAAGAGUCUAGAAUGCUUCAAUUUGUUAUUUGAGGUAUCAGAAGUAUUUGAUGAAUCAACUGACACUAUUGCUGAAAGUUUAGGAUCUAAGAAUAUUAAGAUAAGUACUUAUGCUUUGAUCACUCUCAAUUCAUGGGUUAGCAAUUAUGGAGUAAAAAAAGUCAAGAUUAAGCCAUUCUUAUAAUAAGUAGAAAACUUAGCUGGUUAAUCUAACCCUCAAGCAAGAUCUGAAGCUAUGAAUUUCUACAAAGAAUGUUAUAUAUUUCUAGGGGAGGGUCUAAAACCUUUGAUAUCCAGUCUUAAAAAAUAAUAAUUGGAUGAUCUUGAGAAGGAAUUCGCCUAGCUAAAGGAUAGACCCAAGUAAUAAUUAAGGCUAACCAGAACUGAAAAAGAAAAGUUAAAGGAUGCUGCCCUAGAUGAUAUCAUAAAGAAAGAAGAAGAAGAAUCUAAGGGAGCAGAUACUUUCGAUUUAUUUGAUGCAGUAGAUUUACUCACUAAAUAUGGAUCAAGUGAAUGGUAAGACAAAUUGUCUGAAGCAAAGGCAUGGAAAGAAAAGAAAGAUUUGCUCGAUGAACUUUAUAAUGAUAGUAAUGUACCAAAGAUUAAACCUGGUGAUUUCAUUGGAAUUGCAAAAUUAUUAAAGAAAAUGAUGGGUGAUUCUAACAUUGUGGUCUCACAGACAUCUGUUAAAGUUUGUACCAACUUGGCUAAAGGUCUUAGAUAAGAUUUUGAACCUAGCUGCAAGGAAUUACUUCCUACUUUAAUCGCAAAGUUUAGAGAGAAGAAAACCUAGGUAAUUGAAGAUACAAAUAAUGUCUUAAACAGUUUCUUAAUGUGCACAAACUUAGAAGUUAUUAAAGAUGAUUUGAUAGCAGGGCUUUCUGAUAAAGCACCCUCAGUAAAAAAAUAUGUCUGUCUUUACAUAGAAAGAGCUUCACAAGAAACAUAUAUUGAUGUAUUGUAGAGAAUUUCAAAUGAAUUACUCUCAGCUUUAAUAAAAGCUUCUGAUGACUCAUAGAGUGAAGUAAGAGAUGCAGCUUUAUAAGCUCUGGGCAUAUUUAAAGGAAGAUUAGGUGAUUCAGCGAUGUCAAAAUUUUUACAAGACUUAAAUCCCUAAAAACUUGCAAAGUUAAAUGAAUCUGCUUAAAACGUAAAGCCUAGUAAAUAUGAUAGACCUGAGAAAAAGGUUGUAGCACCUGAGCCAACAAAACCAGCACCUCCUGCUAAAAAGAAACCUGCAGCACAAGCUGAAAAAAAGCCAGCUCCAAAGAAAUAAGAUGAAGUAAUGGAAGAUGUUACAGCAAAAACGUAAAAUGUAUUUGAUGAAUAACCAAUUGGCGGAGGAAAUAAGAAUAAGAAUUCUUUUGACGAUUAGCCAAUAGGUGGUGGAAAAAAACCUCCAACUUAAUUCGAUGAUCAGCCAAUUGGAGGAAAUAAAACAGCUUAAUUUGAUGAACAACCUAUAGGCGGUGGAAAUAAAGGUGGAUUUGAUGCAGGUGCAGUUGGAGAUGGUGAAGAUAUACCUAUUAAAAGAGGUGCUUAUAAUCUUGAUAAUCUUGAUGACUUGGAUGCAUUUGGAGGCGGAGGAGGGUUUGGUAAUCCACCACCAAUAAAGAAAAAGCCUCCUCCAAAAGCAGCUGUAAAGAAACCUGUUGUUGAGGAGGAGAAAAAAGGAGAUGAUGGUGAUGUAUUAAUGAAUGAUGAUACGAUGAUGUCACCAAAGAAAACAGAGGCUAAAAAGCCUCCCCCAAAAUUAGCUGCUGAAGCUAAGCCCAAAGCUACUACAACAACAGCUGCUAAAACCACAUCAAAGGGACCAGCUGGCCCUCAGAUUCAAGAAGAAGAUGUUGGAGCUGGUCUAAGUAAAGAAGAAGCUGAGGCUAAGGUUUAAGAAAAUUUUCCAUCAGAAAUUGUGUAAAAAUUUGAAGAAGCAAAAUGGCAAGAUAAAGUUGAAGGAUUUAAGGGACUAGGUGAAUAGGUUAUUGCAAAUCAAUUUGGAUAAGAUGUCAUUGAAGGUUUAGUCAAGUUUGUGAAAACUAAAAUGAAGGACUGGAAGGAAAGUAACUUGAAUCUUAUCAAGGAGACUGUUGCUUUUUUCAUGGUAAUCUCGUAAAAUUAAGAAAAAGUAAGUAAAAGAGCAGCUGCUUGUAUGAUGCCUUUCUUGUGCGAUAAAAUAGGUGAUGUUAAACUAGUGAAUAACAUCAGUGAAACAUUACUUCACCUCUCUGAAAUAGUUACUCCGAAAUAUGUUGGUCUACAAGUAAUAAAGUUUGUCGCAUCAGCUAAGGCUCCUAAUACAAUUAAAGAAGGAUGUAAUGUUUUGAUAAAAAUGACUGACGAAUUCGGUGUUUUAAACAUGGCUCCAAAAGAAAUGAUUGAUUUUGGUAUCUUAGCAGUAAAUCAUACUAAUCCUCAAGUAAGAACAUAAGCUAUGGCUCUGUUUGCCAUUAUGUAUCAACAUGCUGGUGAGACUAUAAAGAAUUUUUUGAAAGAUAUUAAGGAGUCUACACUAAAGCUUAUAGAAGAUGAAUUCGCUAAAGUCACCCCAUUUAAAAGUGGUCAAUAUUAGCAAAAGAGAAAUUUCAGAGGAGAAGCAGCAGCAGCUGCCAAAGAUGCAGCACCAAAGAAAGGAGGAGCAGGUGGUGGAGGCGGUGGUGGCCUUGCUGCUCUAUUAGAUGAUGCUAUGCCCAGAUUGGAUAUAACCAAACUUUUGACUCCUAAAUUAAUGCCAAUGUUUAAACAUGCAGAUUGGAAAGUUAGAAAAUAAGCUGCAGAUUAGGUUGAGGAAAUUUGUAGAGGUGCUAACAUGAGAAUUCAGCCUUUAGGUUUGGGUGAGCUUAUGGAUAAUAUUAAGCAGAGAAUGGUGGAUCCUAACAAAGCUGUCUUAAAAGCCUACAUUCAAUUAAUGGGAGUCGUUGUAGAGGCAUUGGGACCAGCUGCCAAAUAGUUUUAGAAAAAAAUUCUUCCAGGUAUGCUUGCAACAUUAGCUGAUAAGUAAAGUCUCGUAAGAGGAGAUGCUAUAGCUUGCAUGGAUAAAUGGGCAGAACAUGUAGGCCCAGAAGUUAUAAUCAAUAAUGUUGCCCCAAUGCUUACCUAAGAGAAUCCAGAGCUAAGAACUGAGGCACUAAAAUGGAUAAUUAAGCAAAAAGAUGCGAUUAAGAAUACAGAAAUGAAAGAAUAUAUAAAAGCUUUAGUUUCUUGUCUCUCAGAUAAAACUCCAGCAAUAAGAAAUUUAGCUGAAGAAGUAUGCGGGUAUGUAAUGCCAUUUACUGGAUAUUAACCUUUCUAAUAAAGUAUUUCUGAUCUAUUACCAGCUGUAGCUAACACUAUUAAGCCAAUACUAGAAAGAAUAAAGAAAAAUGUAGGCCCAAUGAAUGUUCCAGUUGAAAACAUGAAUGGAUCUUCUGGAGCACCUCAAUAAAAGCCAUCAGCAUAAUAAUAACAGCCUCCCUAAUAGACUUAAUAAAUAUAAUAGUAAAUUUAAUAAGCUCCAUAAAAUAAAGCCCCAAUAGAGUAACCAUAAUUAAACAAAGCUUAAAGUACGAAACCUCAAAUCAAGGCCAAAACUUAAGGUACUUAACAGAAUGAUGCUGCUUAAAAGCCUCCUUAAUAAAAUCUGAAUCAAAGUUUAUAGCCAAAUAGUAGUUUGAAUCAAAGCAUGCUUAAAAAGAAGGAAAAUUAAACACCAGUAUCAAAAUAAGCACAAUAGUAACCAUAAAGAUCUGAAUCGAGAGAAAUGGUUAAACCAAAAGGUCUCUCACAGACUAUAACUCAAUUUAAGUAAUAAGAGGAAUAAAUAUAAGAGGGAGUCAUGGUUCAUUUUGGUUUCAAAGAAAAGAGAGCUGAAAUAGAUAGGAAAUCUAAAUUUUAACUAGAGGACAUUAAAGGUGAGUAAGUUGAGAAACUAAAAAAUUCCACAUCAUAAUGUCUUGGACAGGCUUUCUGCGCUAAAAUGUUUUCAAAUGAUUUUAAAUUGCAUUUAGAAUGUAUUGAAGCAUUUUCUUAUCUAAUGGGAUAGUAGCCUGAAUCAUUAAGGGAAAUCUUGGAUAUUAUUUUCAAAUGGUCGCUUGUGAAAUUGCAAGAUAGUGGAAAUACAAAGUUUGCUGUUAGCAUAUUUGAUUUCUACAGUACUCUAUUUCAACAUUUAGAAGAAUCUGAGUAUGUAUUCUGGGACUUUGAAGCAGUAAUAAUCAUUCCUUAGUUAAGUGAAAAGGCUGGAAUUAAUAACAACAUUUUGAAGGAUAAGGUUAAGAAGCUUUUGAAAAUGAUAUAUCCACUCUAUGAUGUCAAAAAAUGCUAUACAUUGAUAGUUCAAUAUGGUUUGAAUUCUAAAAAUCUUAGAGCGCAGUCUGAAUGUCUUGAUGAGUUAGCUGAUUAUCUUACUAGAUUCGGAGUAGACAAUUGCACUGAUAAAGAGUUUAAAUUGAUAGCCAAAAUGGCUGACAAUGCUGAUAAAAACAUAAGAGAAAAUGCUCUAAAAUUCAUGGGAGAGGCAUAUAAGUUGCUUGAUGAUAAUAUAUGGAGAGCUAUUGGAGAUGUUACUCCAAAGGUAUAAGGGUUACUAGAAUAAAGAUUUAAGAAACUAAAGGGAACUACUGGCGGAGGACUAGCAUUAGGUGGAUCACUAGCAUAAUCUAGCUCAUAAUCUAACUUCUAUGGUUAAAGGGAUUAAUCCCCUAAGUAGACUAAAGAGCUUAAGACUACCUCAAAUAUUGGAUUAAAGAAAUCUAUAUAGCAAAGUACAGAGAUGGGCAAGUAAUCAGCAACCCCAAGAGGAGGCCUUUAGUUUAAUAAAGGACCAUAAAAGUAAGAUCUUACGAAGUCAAUAAACUAAUUCAACCAAUCAAAUAAAAGCAAUGAGGAUUAAAAGAGAACUGCUUUUUAAGACCCAAAAAAAUAAGAGUCAAUGCUUUAAGACAAUCAAAGUUUCUCGAAUAAAUUUGGAGCUCCGAAGUAAGUCUAAACUUAAAGGCCAAUUGAGGUUUAGUAAUUCAACUAAGUUCACAGAGGAUCAGAGCCUAUUUAAUAAGUGACCAAAUCUUCAUUUGCUGGAUUAAGAUAAUAAGCUCCAGUUUCCAAGCAGAAUUAGCUGUUCUAUGAUGAUGAAGAUGAUGAUCUUAGAAUUUUCACCUCAGAUGAUCACUUUGGAACUGAUCCAGAAUUAGAUAAAGCUCAAGAUGAGAUUACCAAGCAUAUACAUCAACUAAAGUAUGCUGACCUAUCAAAAAGAGUGGAUUCUUUGGUAUCAUUAAAUGAAAUGAUAAGUGCUAUCGAUCAAAAUAAGCCAGUCUUAGUAAGAACUGCAAACGAUCUUGUUAGUGCCUUUACUCACGUAUUAAUUGAUAUCUUUGAUAAAAGUGUCGAGGACAUUCCUUUAAGAUUUGCCAAAUACUUCAUUACCAUAGUUCUUAAGACUUGCUCUUGCAAAGAAAUAAUGAAAGAGGUCAGUGAAGAAAGAAUCUUUGACUUGGCUGAGUAAUUACUUACAAGACUUUUGAUUGAUAAUCUUGAUAAGGUAGGAGACAAUAAAGAAGGAGAACUGAUACUUAAAAAUUUAAAUUCUUCAAUGCUUAGAUUGCUUGAGAAUUGCAAUCACACUUAUAUUUUCUGUGUGCUCUUUGAUCUCUUGAGAAAAUAUAAGGAUUAUGGAGUAAUGCCAAAACUACCAAACCUAAUCAUUAAAUGUUUGCUUAAACUCAGCAAAAUAUUAGAGAAACUAAUUGAGAAGCUUGAUAUGGAGAAGAUUUUGUUAGCAAUUCAUGAAUAUUUGGUAGUAAUUAAUCAUGAAAAUAAGACUUAAAACGAUGAGAUGGGUAUUAGGAUUGUUAAGACAGUAACCAAUGAACUUGUUAAGCUAAAAAGAGAGAGUAUUUGGGAGGCCUAUAAUGUAAUAUAGUGCCAUGGAUAGGCUGACCUUCAUAUCUACCGCUGGAUCUAAAUUAUUCUCAAAAGUUUAUAAACUCAAGGAACAACACCUUCAGGAACCUAAUCAGCUUCAAGUAACGGAGAAUAAGAAAUUAGAUAGUUGGUUGACGAACUUAGGAAUCCUGAGAAAUUUGAGAGUGCAAUCCUUAAGCUUUAAAGAUUCUUAGAUCAAAACCCACAUAUUGAUCUUAAUGACUAUUUGCAAGAGUGUUCAAAAACUUUCCAACAGUUCAUCAAGACCAAUCUAGAAAAGCACAGAUAAUCACAAAAAGAUGAGGUAAAAGCUAUGGAGGAGUACGGAACAUAAUAUAACCUGAAAUCAACUGGAAGUACAGAUAAUGCUAGUCUCUCAUAACCUCAAGACCCUGUUGAGCUGAAAUUAUCUCACUAGAGUAGCAAUAAUUCAAUGCCAUCUAAUAGAAUCAGUGAAUAUUAGAGUAAAUUAGCAACAAUGAAAUUGAGGAACAACUAAAAGAGUGGUGCUGAGACUGCAACAAAUAAGUAGCAUGUAUAAAAUUUGGCAGGAGGCUCGGGAGCUCAACAUAAUUUGAAUACUUCUUUUAGUGCUAUGAAUUCUAGUUUGUCCCAAAAAUGGCAUGAAAUAAAUAAAAAGUCUGCAGUGACAAAGAGAGAAGGAGGUCAAAAUAUGCAACAGAUGAGUAGCACUAUGGGAGGAUUCACCUCUGCCGCUUAAAAUUUUGAGAGCAGAAUCGGAAUGGGAUAGAAUGCCACAUAAUAACCGAUGAACUAAAGCUUAGGAGGUGCUUCAUAAGGAGACCAAGGAGUUGGUGGAGGAGCAACAAAUCAAGAUUUAAAUGAGAGACUUGCUGUAAUGAAGGCUAAACUUCAAGCUCUUAAGAAGAGAUGA